UAAUACGAUUAAUUUCGGCCUACUACUUAUUGACGCCUUACACUGUACACAAUUCUCUAUUUGUUUUCUUGGAUCUCGAGUUUAAUUAUUAGUAUCAAAUCCUCUUUUGAUGGCCACCAUCGCUAGACUCUCUGGUUCGUAUGAUAUCAGCAACGAAUAUAGCUACAUCACCACCGACUCCUCUAUAGAGUUUCUAACACCGCCAGAAGUUUCCGCGCUUCAACUCCUCUCCACCUGCUUAGAAUCAGUCUUCGACUCGCCGGAGACUUUCUACAGCGACGCAAAGCUUGUUCUCGCCGACGGUCAAGAAAUAUCCUUCCACCGCUGCGUUCUCUCCGCGAGGAUACCCGUCUUCAAGAACGCGUUAGCAUCCUCCGUGAAGUAUCAAAAACCCACCGCCGUCGUCAGGCUCGAGCUGAAGGAGAUCGCGAGAGAUUACGACGUUGGAUUCGACUCGGUGUUGACUGUUUUGGCUUACGUAUACAGCGGUAGAGUAAGGCCGCCGCGGAAAGGAGCUUCUGAUUGCGUUGACGAUGGUUGCUGCCACGUGGCGUGCAGACCAGCUGUGGACUUCUUGAUGGAGCUUCUUUACUUGGCUUACGUCUUCGAGAUACCUGAGUUAGUUUCUUUAUACGAGAGGCAGUUUCUUGAUAUUGUAGACAAGAUUGUUAUAGAAGACAUCUUAGUGAUAUUCAAGCUCGUUAACAUCUGUGGCGAAACAUACAAGAAGCUUUUAGAUAGAUGCGUAGAGAUUAUCGCCAAGUCUGAUAUAGAGAUUAUUACUCUCCACAAGUCUCUACACCUAGACAUCGUAAAACGAAUCACCGACAUACGUAAAGAGCUUGGCCUCGAGCCACCGGAGCCAGAUAAACAUGUCAUGAACAUAUACAAGGCCCUUGACUCCGACGAUGUUGAGCUUGUCAAGAUGCUUUUGACAGAAGGACACACGAGUCUAGACGACGCCUACGCUCUUCAUUACGCUGUUGCUCAUUGCGAUGUGAAGACGGCUUCUGAUUUCAUAGACCUUGAGCUUGCGAACGUGGACCAUAGAAACCCUAGAGGAUACACGGCGCUUCACGUUGCUGCGAUGAGGAACGAGCCGAAGCUGAUGGUUUAUUUGUUGACAAAAGGUGCAAAUGCGUCGGAGACAACGUUUGAUGGUAGAACUGCUCUUGUGAUUGCGAAGCGGCUCACUAAAGCUUCUGAGUAUAAUACUAGUACGGAGCAAGGGAAGCCUUCUUUGAAAGGAGGGUUAUGUAUAGAGGUAUUAGAGCAUGCACGGAAACUAGGUAGGUUGCCUAGAGAUGAACCACCUUCUCUUCCUUCUACUCCUGAUGAACUGAGGAUGAGGCUGCUAUAUCUUGAAAACAGAGUUGCACUGGCUCGGAUCCUUUUUCCAGUGGAAGCGCAAGUGGUAAUGGAUAUCGUCAAACUGGAGGGAACAAGGGAGUUCACAGCUUCUAGUCUCGAGCCUGAUCAUAACAGUGGUGUGAAGAGGACAUCACUGGAUUUAAACAUGUCACCAUUCGUAAUCCGAGAGGAGCAUUUGUCAAGACUAAUAGCGCUUACUAACACCGUGAAGCUAGGGAAACGAUACUUCCCACGCUGCUCUCUCGAUCACUUUAUGGACACCGAGGACUUGAACCAUCUAGCUUGUGUAGAAGAGGACACCCCAGAGAAACGACUACAGAAGAAGCAAAGGUACAUGGAAUUACAAGAGACUCUGAUGCAGACCUUUAGUGAGGAAAAUGAGGACUCCGGAAAGUCUUCCAAAACAAAAUCAGUGAGGUCCAAUAGUAAGCUCUCUCAUCGGCGUCUAAGAGUGAACAAACGGGAUUUAGAGAAAAGACAUUGCGGAAACAGGAAGGGUGAUUCAAGAAUAGAAAAGCGUGUCACAUUUCAAGCCCGCAACUAAAACUAUGGUAAAUUUUUCCCACACUUAGGUCUUUUGUAAGACCUUCGGGUAAGUUUUGUUGUAUAUAUGUUUUAUUAUGUGUUAUUUGUGUUUCUCAUCUGCGUCCAUAUGAGUUUUGACACUUGGCAUCCUGUGGAUUAGAGUAUACUAGGUGCAAGCGUAUUUUAAACAAAUAUUGGUAGUUUGUUAACCAGUGAUAUGAUAAUAUGUAUAUUUUUAUAUAUUGUUUUCGUAAUACAUGAGACUUACGCGAUCUAGAUGGUUAUAUAUUAAACAUACCUACCGUUCAAAUUAUUAU